CGCUAUAUAAGCGCCGGGCCGCCGCCGCGCCCUCCUCUCCCCGCGCCGCCCGCUGCUGCCGCCGCCGCCUCCUGGCUCACCGCUGUUCGCUGGGCCCCGCGCCGCCCCCCGCCCGGGAAUAAGUCGGUCAGGAAGGCCUUGCUGCCGCCAUGGCGUUUAAAGAUACUGGCAAAGCACCUGUGGAACAAGAGGUAGCAAUUCAUCGCAUUAGAAUUACUUUGACAAGUCGUAAUGUAAAAUCACUUGAGAAGGUCUGUGCUGACUUGAUCAGAGGUGCUAAGGAAAAAAACCUAAAGGUGAAAGGACCUGUUCGCAUGCCCACCAAGACUCUGCGAAUCACUACCAGGAAGACGCCUUGUGGUGAAGGUUCCAAGACCUGGGACCGUUUCCAAAUGCGUAUCCAUAAGCGGCUCAUUGACUUACACAGCCCUUCUGAGAUCGUGAAGCAGAUCACUUCCAUCAGCAUUGAACCAGGUGUAGAAGUUGAAGUUACUAUUGCCGAUGCCUAAAUGAUGGUCAUCGUUGAAUAAAGUUGAUUUACAAAUUUUCA